AUUAGUAGUAAAAUUCUACUUCUUAUUCUAGAGAUAGGUACGGACCUAUUAUCCAAUAACCCAAAGUACUCGAUAGAGGAGUUCAGCGCACGCUUUACAAAAGCGGACGAAUUUAAACGUCGUCUAGAAAAAGUGUAUCAUGCCGUUUUAGACGAAGAGGAGUUAGAUUCGAAAACAGAAAACACGUACACUCAGAAUUAUAACGAGGCGACUGACGCAUACCUACAAAUUCUCACCAUACAUCAAAAACUCCAAACAAAUACAUCAGCCCAUACAUCGAAAACUACCGCAUCGACGAACAUUCUGCCCAAGAUUGAGUCACCCAGGUUCAGCUCUAAAUUAGAAGACUGGCCAAGUUUCAUAGCCAUUUUCACAAGCUUGACAAAGGACAUGACGAACAUCACGAACCUCUCGGGCGAGGCACUAAAUAUGAUCUCCCAUUUACAAAUAACAGACACCAACUUCACCGUGGCCCUGGACAUUUUGACCAGGCGCUACGAAAAUCGUCGAGUACUAAUCGAUCGAUUUGUAGACAUUAUACUUGGCCUUCCCAACAUCACAUCGAGGUCGGACAUACGCCAGUCGUUUUUAGUGCCCCUAAUUUCAGCACAAUCGGCUCUACAAAAUCUAAAACUCCCCAUAAACGACUGCGACUAUGUGUUCGUCUCGAUAGUAGUUCGAAAAUUGAAAGGCGACCUGCGGACACUCUUCGAACGUCAGCACACAUCAUCAGAAACACUACCAACACUCAACAACUUAAUAUCAUUUUUGGAGGAGCAUGCGAGAUGCUCUGAAACAGAGCACUCCAGCCCACAAAACACAUUUAGACAGGAAAACACACCGCAGGCCGCCCGUAGGUACUCACCAGUUCCAGGUCCAUCUCACCAACAGCAACAAUAUUACACACCCAGACUUCUCAUCCGCGCACAACAUCCGCCCACAAAUACACACACACCUGUCAGUCGCCCGUUCACACACACACGUCCCACUUAUCUAGCCCAUCCAUCGCGUUCACCAAUGUUGACUACACCUACACGACCUCCUCUACUGAAUUCACCCCCGCGCACACCUCAGGCAAAUUCACCAACAUUAAAUAAUACUGUUCGCGCGGCGAGAGUUUGGCUUUGACCGUUAUUGCGCAGAAAUCAGAAAUUGGGUAUCAACGGGCAUUAGCGGGGUGCGGGGCGGGUGCGCGGUGCUCUGAUUGGCGCUCCAGUCGUUACCUGCCUCUCGCACCGAAACGACGUACCGCGCACUCCUGUUGUACAAUCACGUUCACAAAUGAAUUGCUAUUUUCGUUAAUUGUUGUCGAUUGUUAUUAUUUGUUGAGUUUGUUUGUUUAAGUUUUUUUGUUAAAUAUUAAAAAGUGAUUUAAAAAUGCGUAAAAAAAACAUUGUUUUAAAAAGGCAAGCACGGAAAAUGAUAUAUGACGUGAAUUGCUUUUUAAAGAAAGAAGCUGACGAAUGUAUCGAUUCAUUGAAGCAAAUUCGAAGUAAGAUUGAGGAAGUUGCUUCUUUACUCAGUCAGUCGGAAAAUAACCAAACUAUAGAGACUUUGCAGGUAAUGAAAACGGAAACUGUUUCUAAAUUAAAUAGAGUAGUCAGUAAAUUAGCUCAGAUUCAAAAACGGACAUCGGAGGCCACUAAGACUUCAAUUGGCACUGUAAAAAAUAUCGCAAAUCAAGCCAAGAGUUCCGAUUUGCUAAUUACUUUCAGAACACCUGGAAAAAAACGUCCCAGAGCUAAACCAGUUACCAAUAUUGAUAAUUUUGACCAAGGUGUUAUAAAAAGAUGUUUACACAAUUUUCACAAGACGAAUAAUGAACUUCCCACCAUUGGGAAACUAAAAAAGAAACUUGAGGAAGAUAUAAACUUUAAAGGGUCAGAAACAAGUCUUCGUGUAAUUGUAAAGGAGUUAGGAUUUCGCUGGAAAAAAACAGAAAACAACCGUAAAUUACUAAUAGAAACAUCGAAUAUCCGAUUACAACGCAUUGAAUAUUUAAGAAAAAUAAAAAAAUAUCGACAAGAAGGAAGACCCAUUGUUUACACAGAUGAAUCCUACGUAGAUUCAUCGCACUCAACAACCAAAGCCUGGAGCGAUUGCCCUACGGAAGGACUAAAAAAACCCAUUUCUAAAGGACAACGAGUUGUGAUAGUCCACGCAGGAUCUGAAGCUGGGUUUAUACCAAAUGCUUUAUUAACUUUUAAAGCCGGCACCAAAACAGGGGACUAUCACGACAACAUGAAUUACGAGAAUUAUGAAAAAUGGCUUAGGACACAAUUAAUUCCCAACCUACCACCCAAUUCUGUAGUGGUUGUCGACAACGCCUCAUACCACAAUAAACAAUGGGAUUUAGCACCGUCCUCCAAUACCAAAAAAGCCGAUAUGCAAAAUUGGCUAACUAAUAAAGGCAUACAAUAUGAUUCAACAAUGCUCAAGCCACAAUUGUACAACAUGAUAAAAGCUAAUAAAGAAAGAUUUAAAACUUUUUCAAUAGAUCAAAUUUUAGCAGAAGCAAACCAUAGCAUAUUGAGAUUACCGCCUUACCAUCCAGACCUCAACCCCAUAGAAAUGGCAUGGGCUACUAUUAAACAAUAUGUAGCUAGCAAAAAUGUUAAAUGGAAUUUACAAGAAUGUACCAAACUUAUCAAAGAAAAAGUAUCCUUAAUGGGUGCCCAGGAAUGGGAAAAAAUAUGUAAGAAGGUAAAAGAUAUAGAAGAAGAGUACGCCAAGAGUGACUAUGUAGUUGAUUUACUUACCGAGCAAUUUAUAAUUCGCGCCGAUGAUAGUUCCGAAGACGAUGAUUCUGAUGAUGGUUAUGAAGAUGAUGAUGAUGACAACUGCGACCGAGGAAGCCCUGAACCCGGACCCUCAACAAGCAAAAGACGUUGCACAAUUUCGUGCAACGUCGGCAGCACCAAUGACCCAUGCGGUAAUUUCAUAGAAGGCGUUAAACCGUUAACUGAUUCAGAAUCUGAAUAGUACUGCUGCUAAGACUUUUUUUUAAUGUUAACUUUUUUAAAUUACAUUUUGGUGUAGUUUCACCCCCUUUUGGUGUUGCAGAUUAUCCAGGGACACACUGUAUUUAAUAAUUAUUUUAAGUUUUCUUUUGUUCUUAUGUACCAAUUUUACAUGUAUCUUGGAAUAAAUAAUUUUAUUAAAAACAAUUAUUUAGAAUUUUCAUUGCUGUCUCUGUAUAAACAUUUUAAAUAUGUAAAAUAA